GCUAGAUAUUGUGUGUCUGCACCAACAUCCACCAAUUGUUUGCGCUUUUCGCAUUCGUUUAGUCAUUGUCUGGGGUGAUCGGCAACCCUGCGUCUGUCGAACAACGGGACCUAUUCUUCUAGAACAAAUAGCCUACCUUGCAGUGGACAUUCAUGGUUACAUCGUAAACAACAUGCAUGAAUUUGUCCACCGUAAAUAUCAAUAUUUCACAGCUCCGUAACCUAAGGCGCUGUGGCGCUGGAGAGUUCACAGCUCUGGUUCCUGGAAAUAAGCAAGGCUGGUAUCGGGAAUGACCAAAACCUAGAAUCGUGCCCCAGAUUCGCACUCAAAUUACAUACAAUAGACAUGAUCUUUUUGCUGACAAUUCGCAAGUUGAAAAUCAUUCCCCAGCAAAAACGCAGCUCUUUCCAAGCGCCCGCAUUUUUCUUCUCAAACCCCCGCAGCCAACCGAGCUGACGCCAAGACGCAACUCUAUCACCAUAUGACCCGCCUCACGAAAAUCCCACCAAAAAGGUCAGCCUUGCAAUUCUUCACAGCGUUGCCCCUCCUCUUUCUGUCCAGUCUCCCUCUUGCAAGCUCCUCGACUCUCUACAGCUCUCUCCAGACGCAAGACAUGCAUCUGUCGCAGCGCACCACCACCAGGAGUCUACGAGAAGGUGGCCGCAACUCGGCCAGAGAGUCGGAGCACGCCGACAACGACAAGACAGCAGCAUGUCGACGACAAUAGGAUCACUGUCGCUCUCAGCGUCCACGAUGACCUCUGUGGUUCUACAGGCGACACCUACCCCGACCCCCACGCCGCUCAUUGUGCUGCUCAACGGCCGACUCGAAGUCACCGACGACUUCUUCCCGUUCCACGAUCUCGCCAAGGUCGGCGGCUACACCAAAGACGACAUAACAUUUAAAGAUUUGAUCCAGGAGGGCAUCGAUGGCGGCCAACGUAUCGAUCUCUUUCAAUCUGGUUGCGUGGUAGACGGCCACAGACAAUCCGACUGCUCGCGUGCCUGCUACGACCCAGCCCUUUUCUUUGGUAGCCUCGACACCUUUUACAACUGCGCCGCACUUGCAUCUAUUGCAUAUUGGACAAAGGAGAACGGUACAUAUUACAUCACCGAUGCAGCCGAGAAGAAUGCCAGCUCCAUCAUGGGCUCGGGGUCGCUGCGUGGCUUCAACGGCCGCACAGUGCUGCAGUCGUUUGUGACAUGCGCCAAGGACGCCUGUGCAAACGACCACCUGAGCCAGGGCUGCGACGGAUCGAUCCAGGCGCUGCACAAUACAUCUAGCACAUCUGAGAUCUUUCAUGCCAUGGGGACCUUUUGCCCAGACAUUUCGGCCGAGAUUGACCCUGACAUCUUUGGCCCCGGCGUUCUGAUUUCGUACGUCCUGCAGGUGUGCUUCUCGACCAGUCUAUACAUUUUCCUCAAGAUAUUCAAUCUCUGGGUCGGCUACACGCAGCAACAGAAAGAACGAGAAAAGGAACGUACAAGAACACUCAAGCUCAAACGAUCUCUGACCCGUAUCGAAUCCAUGAUUUGGCGCGACUCCUCCGCCUUAUCACGCACAUCCAUCGCCAUUGCCACGACCCUCGUUGAGUUCCAGGAAAUGCAGUGCUGGUUCGUCUUUGCCGUGCAGAUUGCUUCUAUUCUCGCCAUUGCAGUCAACUCCCAGGAGGGCACAUUCUGGGGCGAAAUCAUUGUCAACGGCGCACUCGCCUUCCACAUUAGCCAGAACGGCAUCUUGCCCAUGUUCCUAGUCCAAAUCUGUCUACAUAACGAGGGCAUCCGCAACUGGCACACGUUCCUUGGAUUCGCCAUGGAAUACCUACUAGCCAUUGUAGCUACAACGCAAAAGAUCGGGUUCAAGUCCACCUUCAACCUCUUCCAGCAGCAAUACGAAAUCGCCGGCUGCGGCGGCAAUCCGAGUCCGCGAACAUACUGCGCGUCCACAUCUGGCGUCGACGGGCUUAACGUCAACUUCUUCCCUCACCCACUCUUUUACAAACUUGUAUUUCUGGUACUCGACACACUAGCCAUGAUUGUGCUCACAUCGGACCAACUAGCCUGGACGCUGAGGAGGCAUCACCGGGCGAAGCGGUGGCAAGUUGGGCGGCACAAGCUGGGCCGAUGGCCAGAACACAGCUCAAAGCGCUACUGGCUGCGGUUUAGGCGACUCUUCUGGGCGGGCCUCGAGCUGUGCUAUCUGAUCGUCAAUGUGCUCUAUCUUGUAUCCCUGACCAACGUUAUCCGCCCCGAAAGCUUCAAGGCCAACCGCUGGUCAUACGGGCAAAUCAUUGCCAUGACUGUCUGGGGCCCUGUCAUUGUCAAACUCUUUGAUUUGAUAUUAUCUGGUCCACCCAAGAACGGCGAGCGCCUCAAUUCUGGUCCUCCCCGUCUUCGCAUAGACAACAUCAUCAACCAUCGCCAAGGAACCGUUGCUGACGAAGAACUCACCGAAGACGAAGGCGCAGUUAGCACGGAAAUCGAGCGCCCUGGUAAAAUGCUCACACCACUCACGCCAGAGUUCCCUAUGGAGGUGCGAGAGCGCACAACGGCGCCGCAGAUCCGCAUCGCAGAUGCACCCGGCGGCCUCAACAUACGAAACAAUAACGACGUAUAAUGCAUAACGAGAUAUAAUGUCUUCCCAUAUAUACUUGAGUCUAAUGUACAUGAUGAAUACAACACCUCUAUAUAACUCCCCAGCGCCGCGCCCUCUUUAGUCCUCAGAUACCCCAACUGAGGUUUCGUCUCCCUUCUUCUCGUCAUACCGCUUUGGCGAAUAGUUGAACGCUGUAUUUUCCCUCACCCUCAGAAACCCUUCUAUUCGAUCAUCUCUCGAUCUGCCCGCCGAUGCCAGCGUGCUCCGGCGCAUGGUAUUCCCUAUGUCCGCAUUUCUCUGUGCGCUGUACUGUACAUAUUCUUCGCCAAUUGCCUGUCCGCGGUUAAUAUGUACUAUGCACCCUAUAAAGCAGGCUGAGACAACGGCUAGCGCAAAGAGUCCAUUGGACAUGUACACAGGCUCGGCCUUUGCACCGCCGUUCUUCUGGGCUUCGCGCCACGCCUCCCAGUCCUCCCAGUUCGCAUUACGCGCUGGUGAAUUAGGCCCGUGGCGCCAUGCUCUGUCGCGCUCAUGACGGUCCGGAGCCGCACCUGCAGUCCAUCCCAAGCCGUGUAUAUCAUAGAGCUUGCGCUUGGCGGGGUCGGAGAGCAGAUCGUUGGCGGCUACGACGAGGCGGUAGCGUUCUAACCGAGUAUCAUGUGAUGUGGACGGACUAGACGAGGAGCCCGUAUCAGGGUGAUAGAGCUUGACAAGCUGGUAGAAGCGGUGUUUCUUGUACGGGGCGGAUCGGGGGAUAUCGAAGAUUUCGUAUGGCGUGGGGUUCGGCUUUGUCGGCCAAGCAGGGCCGUCUGAGUCUUUGCUGCUCUGGCUGCUGUUGAAACGAGCAUUUGUUGGAGACUUUGGGUAGAGACGGGUGAGGAUAGACGGGGAUACUGGUGACGCGCAGGAGCAGCGGCGGGCAGCGGCGCGGGCGGAUGGCAGCAUUAUCGGCAUUGUGGGAGAGCGAUAUCGGUCGGCAUACUGUUAGGCGAGACAGCGACGGGUGACGAAUGUGGUAUGUGUAAUUAUGCUAAUAUUCUGGUAUUAAAUGGUAUUUUAUCGAGGUCGUUAAGGGCGCUGUGGAUGGUGGUCGCGGAUUGUCAAUGUGGUGAUGCAGCUUGGAGGUGGUCGCGUGGUGGAGGCGGU